AUGUCCUCCACUGUAGUCGCACCCACUCCCCGUCGCUCACAACCACACUCCCCAAUGCCAGGCCACCCUCGCCCGUCCUCCCGCUCAGAACGCCUGCUCAGGGAUACCCUCCGCAAAGACGAUACCCUCCGCACCACCCGUGCCCGCUCCCCGUCACGCUCCGUGGGCAGCGACGCAGAGUUGGACGAAGACGACGACUUCAUCCAGCCAACACUCCUCUUCCGCUCCCGGAGGAAGAACAGCGCCAGCUCCCUCGCCUCGCAUUCCCGCAUUCACUCUCAUCCUUGCUAUGUGCCCGGCCAGGACGAACACGCAUCGUACAUACAACUCCUUCGCUCACCCUCAUUUUCCGGCUCCUCGCACUCAAAGGUUUCCGACUCAAAGCGCCCCUCCUGUUCGCACGAAAAGCUCGAGGACAUUUCGCUGUUCGUCCAUGAGGCAGCUCCACAUGAGGCAGUACUGCGAACGCGCCUGGAACACGUCCUUCACGGGGGCAUGCGAGAGGUGAAACGUGAGAAAGAACGUGAAACAGCAACGUCGUCCAUUGAGUCUUCGGCGGGAUCUCCUCUUUCAUCCCUCUUGUCACUUGCCAACUCGCGUCAUUCACACGAAUCAGAGCAAACUCAUCUGACAGCACCCGAGUACGAUGUCCAGAAGCCUUCCACUCCUCCGCCACACUCACCAAAGCAUUCAAGCGGCCAAACCCUGCGCGGAGGUUUUGCAUCGUCGCGUUCUGUCCCGUCAACAAGCCCUGUGGCGAGUCAUCGUGAGCGACCGUCGAAGUCGCCUAGGUCACUACCAUCCAGUCGGUCCCCGCCGAACACAUCGCAGUACCAUCAAAAACAGGGCAUAUAUGACCACCCGCAUCCAUCCGCACCAACGCCACUCACUUCUGCACUCCCGGCUACACCGAGGAAUCACGCCAAUCUUGUCAUCUCACCCGUUAAUGCGGGGCGUCCCUCACCGGUGUACGAGACACACAUUCGUUCACAAACACCAGCAAUUGGUGUACAGACAUCAUCAUCGUCACCGCCAAGAUUACCUCCGCGUCGAUCGUUCACACCGAAUCCAUCCCAUUCGCAUAUCCAACAACUCCCACACCCACCUACACGGGUACCGGUAUUUGACCCAGACGCGGCAUCGCUCGCGUGCAAAAAGCUGCCGGGAUACGUGUCAUUUGCUAGCGUCGCCGGCCUAGGUGCCCCUCCGGACGAAGAAGACCGACAUUCAGGACGUAGAGUGGCGUUCGGAGGGAAGGGCAUCCGGAGCCUUCAAGGGUUAGGAUUUGGAAGUGGAAAGUGGUGGGCGUUCUAA